GUCCCGCAGUGGCGGAAGUGGGCGUGUCGCGCUCGGCCCGCCAUGACGGCGCCAGUGACAGCUGUGAGCCGCGUCCCUCCGCUCUCCAGCCGCGUCAUGUAACGUGCUUCUAGGGCGGCCUCCCCCCCCCUGCUAGCUUCUACCGCUCCCUCGCUCACUCGCUCGCACGCCCAGGGCUGGAGCAAGCCGACGGGCGGACACUCGCGCGGUGACAGACGGACGGGCGAGAGGAGGAGGAGGUGGCGGUGGCGGCGGCGGCGGUGGUGGUGGUGGUGGUGGCGCCGCCGCCAUGUUUUCCAAGAAGCCUCACGCGGGCGAUGUGAAGAAGUCGAUGCAGAAGAUUCUGGACCCCAAGAAGGAUGUCCUGACUCGCCUCAAGCACCUGAGGACCGUCAUAGACACCGCGGACCAAGGUGAACUCAAGCAGUUCUUGGAGUUCAACUACUCGCACGUCUACUACGUGUUCUUUGAGAAUUUCGUCAGCAUUGAGGCCAGCCUCAAGCAGAAGGGUCACAAGUCUCAGAGGGAAGAGUUGGAAUCAAUUCUCUUUAUCUUCGAGAAAAUUCUCCAGCAGCUGCCCGAGAGGAUCCACAACAGAUGGCAGUUCCACAGUAUAGGGCUCAUUUUAAAGAAGCUGCUUCAUUCUGGAAACUCUCUUAAACUGCGACGUGAAGGGGUGCGGCUCUUCCUGCUGUGGAUCCAGGCUCUUCAGGGAAACUGCUCGGAGGAGCAGAGGCUGAUCUUCGCCUGCCUCAUACCCGGAUUUCCCCUGCCCCUGUCCGAGCAAGGCCCCCGCUCUCUGGAGACCCUCAUCAACCCUCCGCUCGCCCUGCAAGAGGGCACAGCCCAAGUUAUUCCGGAAGAGAUAACGCCACUCAUUCCACCACAGUCAUCUGACAAAGCUCAGGAAGAUCCCACAAUCUACUUCUUGGAUGCACUGUUGAAGUACAUGGUGAACCAGGCCAAGAGCUUGGAGUGGAAGGACAAGGAAAAUCAGGAGAGGGGAUUCGCGUUCCUCUUUGUAAACUUCAAAAACUUCUACUUGCCUUACAUCUUCCCCAGCUUCUCGUGGGAAAUCAGCUUGUAUCACCCGGUCAUCGACAUCCCCCAGUGGAGGUCGAGGCCACACUAUGUCCUCAUCGGCAAGGACGCCGAGACCAACCACGCCAUCUACUGCACCAAGGAGCCCUUCCUGGCGGCGCGCGUCUCCGUCGUCAAGUGGCUCGUCGCCUUCUGGCUCGAGUCCAAACCCAUCGCCAUCCCCAAGCUGCCCGGCGUCGACGGGGAGGACGUGCCAAAGAACAUUCAGCGAGCAGCGGCGGGCUACGCGAUCGCGGAGGAGCAGCGGGUGUGCGUUGGCGAGACGCGCGACAGCGUGACGGGGGGAGGAGGAGGAGGAGGAGGAGGGACAGGCGGGAACGGCGGUGGCUGUGGCGGCGUUGGUGGCGGCGGCGGCGGCAGCGGCCCCGGGAUAGCGAUGGGGCUCGGUGCCGGCGGCGGCGGCGGCGGCGGCGGCGGCGCGGGUAGCGGCUCCCAGCCCGAGGGGCAGGAGCAGCAAUCGCACUCGAACACGAGCACGCUGACGGAGCGCGAGCCCAGCACCUCCAGCCUGUGCAGCGUGGACGAGGAGCACCUGUCGGACGCCGAGAUCGCGCGCAAGGUCUUCCACUCGUCGCGCGAGAACGUCAACUUUGUCAUCGAAGUCUUCCGCCAGGCUUUCCUGUUGCCCAUCUGCGAGGCGGCAGCCAUCCGCAAGGUGGUGCGCGUGUACCAGGAGUGGAUCCAGCAGGGGGAGCGGCCGCUCUUCAUGAAGGAGCCCGAGGAGGCGCCGCCUCCUCACCUUCGCCCACCGCCGGCCAGCGGUGCCAAGGCCAGGACGGCGGAGAGCGACAGCAACGGAGCCGAGAGAAAACUGCCGUCGAGUAAAGGUGGCGCAGGGCACGCGCGCACUCCCAGCUGGACCCGGAACUCCUCCUACGAGGACGCCAUCAACAAAGCGUCGGAGAUGGACGACGGCAACAGGAGCCUCUACGCGGGGGUGCAGGCCACCCUGCAGGUGUUUCUGACCACAUCGGUGAACGUGUUCCUACUGGAACCCAGCAAUGACAUCCCCAAGCUGCUGGACGAGCACGUGGACAUGUGCAAAAGAGUGCUGAACAUCUACCGGCACAUGGUGAUGAACACGUCCAUGAACAAGCAAACUUGGGAGCAACUCCUCUUGGUUCUUUUGAGGAUCGCGGAAACGGUUUUCAGGAAGCUUCCGCAACAAGCCAAAUAUAGGACGUUAGCUGGAAAGCUGGCCGGACCAAUAUUCCAGACGCUGAUCGUCGCUUGGAUCAAAGCGAGCCUGAACGUGCUCAUCACGCGCGAGCUCUGGGACGAGCUCCUGUCGGUGCUGUCGGCGCUCACCCUCUGGGAGGAGCUGAUCACCGAGUGGGCCAAGACGAUGGAGACGCUCACCAAGGUGCUGGCGCGCCACGUCUACUCGCUGGAGCUGGGCGACCUGCCCCUCGACAAGCUCAGCGAGCAGAAGCAGAAGAAGCACAAGGGGCGAGGCCUGUGCCAGGAGGCGAGCCGCGGUGGACAGGACAAGUCGUUCUCCCGGGGAUGGAGUCGCGAUCAGGCACCGCACCCCGCCGAGCCCAUGAUGCGUCAGCGCAGCGCCACCACGUCCGGCUCCCCCGGCGCCGAGAAGGCUCGCGGCAUCGUGCGGCAAAAAACCGUGGACUACCCAGACCCCCCGCAGCAGGGCCAGCCGCUGCGGGUUCGCCACCACUCGCAGAACGAGGGCGGCCAGGCCGACGGAUUCCGCGGUGAGCUCGAGGAUGGGGCGGCAGCGGCGUCGUCGGCGAUGCCGGCGGCGGCGUCGGCGGCGCUUCCGCGCAGCAGCAGCGCGUCCGACAUCAUGGAGCAGUUCAUCUCGGAGAGGGCCAAAGUGAUGAAGGAAGAUGGCAUGGCCCAGCUGCGGACGUUCAUCUCCGACGCGCCUUCCACCAGCGGCGACAUCAGCGACAUGAUGGACGAAUUCAUUGCCGAGCGUCUCCGGAGCGCUAGCGCGGUGAGCUCCAGUGACGUCGCCAUGACGUCGUCUUCGCACGUGCAGAGGCGGCGAUCCUCGAACCACGCGAGCGGCAGCCCCGGCAGCGCCGAGGGCCCUUCCGAAGGCCCCGAGCUCCACUCGCGCCGCUCCGGGGAUCACGAGUCCCCCUUCGAGUGGCCCUCCCCCCCGUGCCGGCCCAGUAGCCACGCCAGCCAGGAUAGCCAGCAUGAGCCCUUCAGUGCCUUCCAGCCGCACGAGGGCAUGAAAACCAAAGAUUUUGUCGUGUUUGAGUGGCCGGACCCCAAACUGGAUGAGCCCUGGAGCCCGUCGGAGUUGACGGAGAGUUUCCACAGGGGGUACAGCUUCAGCAGCGAAGCGUCGACGAGCACGGGCUACAGCCUGAGCGAGGUGGAGGCGGCGCAUGCGGCGGCGGCGCACGCGGCAGGCGAGGAGGAGCACGAGGUGGUCGACUCAGCCACGUGGCAUCUUGGGAAAUCCCAUGAUGCAUUGCAACCGCGUGUUGUGGUGCGUCUGUGUGUGGUUAUUUUAUUAUUUUUUCUUUCACGUCAUGCCUUAUGGAACCCGGUGUUUGUGUUGAACCUUGGGCACCCCGCAGGUUCGGAGGAAGGCGGCUCUCCCAUCCACUCCGGCUCUAGCACGCGCGCGCACACUCCAUCUCCGUGCGUGUCGGCCCCCGAGCACCGCGAGGCCCGGGAGCUUCCCCUGCACGCCGACGACGACAACAAGCUGCACUACACAGGGCUACAGACGCCUGACGAUCUAGAGGGCAGCGAGUUCCUGGCGGAGGACAGCAGCGUGAUGUCGGGCGGCACGCUCAUGGGCUGGCACCCCGAUGUGGCCACGGUGCUGUGGCGCCGCGUCCUGGGCAUCCUGGGCGACGUCAACAGCAUCAAGGACCCCGACAUCCACGCGCAAGUUCUCGACUACCUCUGCGAGCUCUGGCAGAACCUGGCCAAGAUGAGAGACAACCUGGGCAUCAGCCUUGACAACCAGCGGUCACCGCCGCCGCCCGAGCUCAUCCCCCCUCUCCGCAUGUUCACGCCGUGGCUAUUCAGGGCGACGGCCCUGCCCGAGCGCUACAAGCAGGGCAAGCUGCACGCGUACAAGUUGGUCUGCAAGGUCAUGACCCGGCAGCAGGACAUGCUGCCCAACAGCGACUUCCUCGUGCACUUCUACUCCAUCAUGCACCAGGGCCUGCUCAGCCCUGAUCUGGACACAGUGUCCACCAUCAUCCGGUUCUGCUCGCCGCGGAUCUUCUCCCUGGGCCUGCCGGGCUGCACCCUGCUGCUCUGGGACUUCAUCGUCGCCGCCAGCAAAGUCGCCACAUGCGGCGUCGUGCAUGCUCCCCGGACAGAGGCGCAGAUGCUGCUCGGCUCCAUGCUGUGCUUCCCGAACCUCUACAAGGAGGUGUUGGUGUUGCAGCCCGUUGCCACUGACACAGCCCUCAUCCCAUGCAAGGACCUGAAGGAGCACAUCAUUAAAUCCCUACUGAAGUCUGCGAAGGAGGAGCCUUCCGUGUCUGCACGGUGUAUAGCGCUGUGCAACGUGGGUAUUUGGAUGUGCGAGGAACUGGCCCAUGCGACGAAGCACUCCCUUAUCAAAGAAGCGUUAAAUGUUAUCGGUGCAACGUUGAAGUUCCCCCACAAGCACGUGGCCCAGGUGGCAUGCGACCUCCUGCACCUGCUGGUGUCGUACGUCGACAAGCUGAUGGAAUAUCACGUGGACAUGCCAAAGAAAAUCAUCGGGAUUUUGGUGGCGACGAUGGUUUACCUGUUACCUGCAGCGGAGCACUCGCAACAAGAGCAAGAAAAGAGGCUCAUGGUGUCGCUGCUGCUGUGCCUGCUCGACUGGUGCAUGGUGCUGCCCGUGGAAACGCUGCUGCAGUCGCUGAUCCCCGCCGGCGCUUCCAAGCCCCACUCCGUGUCGCUGCUCAGCAGCAUUUACAAGGUCCUCUACAGCUGUGUGUACGGCUACCAUUUCUUCAACAACCCCAGGUACUGCCCCCUGACCCUGAAGGACCUCAUCAGUGUCGACUACAAUCCCACACUGCCCCUGGACGAAAUCAAAGACCCCGAGCUGCUCUAUCCACAGUCGGACAGGUCCAGCAAGCUCCUGACGGUGUCCGAUGGAGCGGCUCGUAUCCAGCGCGAGCUGAUCCCCCUGGCGGCGCGGACUGUCAUGGUCCACCUCGUCAACCACCUGGGCCACUACCCGCUGAGCUGCGGGCCGGCGCUGCUCGCCAGCCUGGUGCGCGAGCACCACGAGAACCCUCACGCCAGCGCCGCCGAGCUGUCCGCCGACCUCUUCGAGAACCCGAACCUGCAGUUCUUUGUGUUCAACAAGAGCACGCUGCUCUCCUGCCUGCAGAUCCCCGCCGAGAGGGACGUCCCCGGCGGCGGGGUUGCCGCCGGCCUGGCCUCGUCUGCCGCGUCGAACGUCCGCGUCGUGGUGCGCGACGUCUCGGGGAAGUACUCGUGGGACGCGGCGAUCUUGUACGGCCCCGCGCACUGCUGUCCGCAGCAGGAGCAGGAGCGGCAGUGGCAGCAGAAGCAGCAGCAGCAGGGACGUAGGCCGACCGCGUCGGUGGGCAGCGCUUCGCUGGAUCAUGCGGACGUCGACUCGGCCGGCUCGGAGGAAGCUGCCGAGCCAGCGAAGGGGGCGGCUGCUGCUGCUGCUGCUGCUGCGGCGGCGGCGGCGUCGUCCGUCAUGCAGGAGGGAGACUGUGCCGAGUCGCUGCCGGCGCCGUCUUGGGAGACGCUGGGGCGCGACCAGGACGCUCUGGACGAGACGCUGCGCUUCCUGGGCUCCACCAGCCCCGAGUGCCUGCAGCGGCCCGGUGCACCGCUCAACGUGCCCGCCGCGCCGCCGCAGUGCUCGUCGGAGAAGCUGGAGGGCGAGGUGCGCCGGGCGGUGCGUGCCCAGUGGCUGGAGGAGGGGAGGCACGCGCGCGCACACUCGGGCGACGCGUGCAUGCGCGCCGAGCCCGAGUGUGAGCCCGACGCUCGCGAGCCGCAGUCGGCGUUCCACUACUGCCGGCUCUUCCUCAGCAGCCUGGGCAUGCACUCGUGGGACCGCAGGCCGAGCUUCGAUUUGCUGAAAAAGAACGAGAAGCUAUUGCGGGAGCUGAAAAACCUCGACUCGCGACAAUGCCGAGAGACGCACAAGAUCGCCGUGCUGUAUGUGGCCGAGGGUCAAGAGGACAAGCUCUCCAUCCUCUCCAACCAGGGGGGCAGCCGGGCCUACGAGGACUUUAUAGCCGGCCUCGGCUGGGAGGUGGACCUCACCACGCACUGCGGCUUCAUGGGCGGCCUGCAGCACAACAGGAGCAACGGCUUCUCCGCCCCGUACUACGCCACCUCCACCAUGGAGGUGAUCUUCCACGUGUCCACCCGCAUGCCGUCCGAGUCCGAUGACUCUGUGACCAAGAAGCUGCGCCACAUCGGGAACGACGAGGUGCACAUCGUCUGGUCGGAGCACAGCCGAGAUUACCGAAGGGGCAUCAUCCCGACGGAGUUUGGCGACGUCCUCAUUGUCAUCACGCCGACCAAGAACCAGCUGUUCAGCAUCCAGAUCAUCAAGAAGCCGGAGGUGCCGUUCUUCGGGCCCUUGUUUGACGGCGCCAUCGUGGACGGGAAGAUCCUGCCGGUGCUGGUGCGAGCGACAGCUCUCAACGCCAGCCGCGCCCUCAAGACUCUCAUCCCGCUCUACCAAAGCUUCUACGAGGAGCGGGCCCGGUACCUGGACUCGAUCGUGCAGCACCACCGCGACCAGACGUGCUUCGAGGACUUUGCCUUCCAGCUCGUGUGUCCGGCUCCGUCGCGGCCCCUGCCAACUGAGCAUGAAUCGCCGCCGCAAGCGGAGGGCCCGAGCGCGACCACAGCGACCUUAGUGGACUCCGUGUCUCCUCUGUCGGCACGCUCGGCCCGAAGCCGCGUCUCGGUCAAGCUCCGUCGAGCGUCCGGCUCCUCCAACAAGGCAACGUAGUGGGAGGGUCGACGGGGGGAGCGGGGGAGCGGGGGAGCGAAGGAGGGGGUGGACGACUGCCCUCCCCCCCCCCCCCCCCGCCACGAUGCUCUCCUUGCCACAACCCUGAAACUCCCACACCUCCUUUCUCCCUACCUAUGCACUCCGCACACCCGACAACUCUCCUCACUUGCCGAACGACACCCACGGACCACCCCCGGUGCCCGAGUCGUGCCUACGCGAAGGGGGCAACCUGCUGACACUCGGUUUACCCCCCCCCCCCCCCCCCCCCCCACUUCACACCCC